UUCGUGGUGUUUACUUUUUUUUUUUUCACUAUCACAGUUGUUGAAAGAAAGGUCAAAAAAUGGCUUUUUUAUGUGUUACUAGAAAUGCUGGAUUGUGUUUACGAAAAAUUCCUAAAAUGUAUGCGUUAAAAGUUUCUUCUAUUUCAACAUCGAAGAAGAAUAAAGAUACAUUAGUUUAUCCAGAUGAUUUAUUUCCCAAGAAAAUCCCUCCCGGACCGAAGACCGUCGAAGACUUCGCAAAUCCUAAAACUCAAAAGAGUUGGAUAUCUUAUGGUUAUGACUUUGAAAAUUAUGAAGAAGAUAGAUUCCUACACAAGAUAUCGACCUUUCUGUGUUUAACUGUCUUAGUGUGUGGUGCAACAUUUGCAAUUGCUUACAUACCUGAUUUAAAAGAAAGAGACUGGGUAGCAAGAGAAGCUCAAUUAAGAUUGCACGAAAGAGAAAGCCGUGGCCUGCCUUUAAUUGAUAAAAAUUAUAUCGACCCAGCUAAAAUUGACUUACCUACUGACGAAGAACUUGGUGAUACAGAAAUUAUCAUUUAAUUUCAUUUUAUUAAUUAUUUUAAUUGAAAUAUGUUGGAACUGUAUAGAUUAUUGUUUAUGUUCUUAAAUAUCAAUAAAAAACUUAGAAAAUAUG